GCAUGCUGGGUAAUUUAAACAGUUGCUACCGUGAAAAGGCAAAACAAUAUGGCGGCCGUCAUUUAGCAGUUAAAAUAUCUGUACAAUCCUGGAUUGCAAGGGAUUUGUGAAAGUUUACAAUGAUUGCAUAUAAAUUCAACACAAAUGCAAUAAAGGAAGGUAAAAUGGUGUUAAGAUGCUCUCAAGGAGGACUGAACACUUAAAAUGGCGAGUCAGUCGGAGUUCUCUCAUCAGAGACUUCCUGCUAUUGGGGAAAAUAAAAACUUAGUGUCUCAGAUUUACCCUCGGGAUACGGAAAAUGGCAGUGACAAAGAAAAACCCUCUUCUGAUCCUGCAAAGAGCAGUGAACUCACGACGGAAGAUGCCGCGAAGUUGAAUAAACUGGUAACGAGAGCUUUUGUGGCUGCCUUGCAGCAAAAUGAAUCAAUGUUCUGGCAACAUUUAUGUGAAGUAUUGACGCUAUCGUCCCCCUAUGCCUCUGUUUUACAGACUAAGGAGCUUAGUCACUAUGUUCAAAGGGUUCUCAUUGAGGUUGACUGUAGAGGGAACGAGCUGGAACAGGUGCUUGUGUGUUUAAAGGCUGUUUUCCCAGACAUUGUUUCGAAAAAUUUUGCUGACAAAAAACACAAGUUUCCAAUUGGUCCUGUUGAGGAUAUCCCAUUACUUUUGCAAGGUCCUCCUCCUCCAUCCACUAGGGGUGUCAAAAUUCCUCGAGGGGAACCUGUUAUUCCAUUUGGUUCAAUCUAUGUAUUAGAAAACACAAAAUCACUCAGGGAGGAGUCUAAACCAUACCAACCAAAACAAUUAGUUUUGGGUGACUUGACUCGGUCUCUAGCUGAUGUAUUGCAGGAUAUAUCAAUGAGGGAGUCAGCCCUUGGUGUUCCAUUAGGCCUGACAUUUAUGGCAAUUGAUGUGAACUUGCCACAGACAAGAAUACCCACACCCCCUGAAACACCACGUAGGUCAGUCAGCACAAGUAUGCUGUUCAAACCACCUUUUGACACAUGCAGUAAGAGUGCCCAGGAGUCUGAAGGAAGGAAAGAGAAGCCUGCAAGAAAUGGAAGAGAAAUUGUUGAAGCUUUUGUAAAAGGCAGGUUCCUAGGGGAAUUGGAAUUUGCCUACCUCAACUUUGCACCAUCCCGGAGGUAUGACCCCUACAAGUUGAUUGAGGUACCCAAGGACAAAGUGAACCCAGAACACUUUAUCAUCUCGUCCCAUAGCAUUCUACAUGUCAUGCCCAAAGGCCCAACUGAGACCCAAUCCCUUUCAGAGUGGUACACUGAAUCAUGUAUAUUCCAGGCUAUAACCAACAUCCCCUUCUAUAAGAACUUUCUAGUCAUAAAGUCAUUUUUGAAGUGGAAAGAGAUCAAGAAGUUUACCUACUUUCUGAAAAUUGAGGCCCAGAUUGAGAAGUCACUCAUCCAUAAUGUACCAAGCUUUGGGUCAGCACUACUGCGAAUUUCCUACCUGCUGAAUGAUCUGUCCAAGAUCAAGUUCCUCCCCUUUGAGUCCCAGUACUGUUAUACUCUGGAUGAGUUUGAAGACCUGACAUUUAAGACAAGUAACACUGGCUGCAUGUAUUUAACCAAGUUUUUCAAUUAUUGUCAAUUGAUUGUGGAUAAAUCACAAGAAAGCUGCUUUGAGUACCUUCGGUAUUGUGAGGCGCAAGUCAAAAAUCAUCGCCACAACUACAAGGAGUCUCUUGCUAAAGCAAAGGAGAAAAGAAAUGUCAGACAGCAGAAUCUGAACCUAGCUCGCCAAGAAGUCUCCAAACUGGGAACAUUUGUCAGGCUUGUGGAUUAUAUCAUUCUCCAGAAUCUGCUAUCACUAGCCCAAUCCAAUAUUUGUCAGUUUGUUGACUCCACUCUACCUGGACCAAGGCCAGAGAGAGAGGCAUUGUUCAGAGCUGCUAUCACAUUUGAUGAGGCUCACAAACUGGCACUGGUGCCUUCAAUGAAGCAGCUUUCUCAUUCUCUCUCAUCCUCCCUGAGAAAAGUUCUGACAAUUAUUUGCAGUCUAACCAAUGCAAUGCAGUUAGGAGAACAAGCAAAGAAUUUUCAGUUUGACUCUUCUGCCAUGACAACACAAUCAUCAGAGAGGCCGGGUACCUCAUCUCAACUUUCAGACAACCCCCAAGCUGAAAAUGCUAAUGCUACUGUAGAGCCUUCUUCUGUGUUUGAACAGGAAUCCCCUCAAGACUCACUUUCCACUCUUCAGAAGGCUGGUGAGAUUUCAGAGUCAGAUAAGGGGAGCAGCUCAACCAAGAAGUCCAAAAAUGACCUUGAUGGCUACCCUGAUGCCAGGACAGAUGCGGAGAUUGACAAAGAUAUGGAUGAGUUUAACUCUAGUUUGGUAAGUGCCAGAGGUGAUCAGACUUCACUGGUUGAGUUGUGUGUGCGACAAAAGCCUGAGAGCUCAUUGGUGGUUGAGGGCAAGCAAGUGCAGCAACAGGGCAUUCAGAGAAGUCCACUUACCAGGCAAAAGCUGCAAGACACCCUCUUUAAUGAUGACAGAAUCCACGCUGCAUUGCAUUUCCAUGAUGCCUUCGUGGCGGAUGCAAUCACUGAAGUUCAGGAUUUCUGUGACGGGCAUGCUUGGCUUUCAGAGAUCCAUGCCUUUGUAACCAUGUGGGAUGAUAGCAAAAUGGGGUACUGGAGAGGACAACCCACUUCAAAAAUUGAGCAACAACUACACCAAAUCCAUUCAUGGACAGAGCAAGUAUGCAAAGUCAUCAAGUCCUUCUCCACAAACAAUGGUCUGCUUCAUCUAGACUGUGAGAGUAUUCAUAACACCAUUAUCCCCAAGCUUGGUGAUAUCUUUAAGCAGAUGGUGACAAUGGUGGCAUCACAUGUCUUGGUGCUUUCAGAUGAGGUGGUACUGGAGGUUGAGCAACUCUCUGAGUGUAUCAGAGAGCAAAAGCUGGACAUUCGUGGGUUUGCAUGCUUCAUACAAAAGCUGGAGAAAGUCAAGGCAAGAAUGCCAGCUUUGAAGGAGAAGGUGGAAUACAUAAAGAAUCUGUUUGAGGUGAUACGUAGUUGUUACAGGCAGCUAUCACCAGAAGAGGAAGUCACAGAGGAGAAGGUUUGGGCCAUGUGGGAGGCUUUUUUAUUUGGUCUUCAGGAAGCAUCAGACUUUGUUCAGGUUCAGAGGGCACAAGUAACAGAGAGAAUGGUAGAGGAGAUCACGGCUUUAGAGGUGGAGGCUUCUACAAUUGGGCGGAAAGCUAGGACUGGUCCAUUCUUGGAUCCCAAUGAGAACCCUACUGCCAUCCUUGUCACAAUGCGUCAGAUGCGGGAUCGCUUUUACACAAUCCGCAGCAAGCUGAAUGAUAUAAGCGAUUGCAAACGUAUAAUCACUGGCUCCCCAUACGACAUGAGAGCUAUCCAAGCUAUCGGCAGUGCUAUGGAGAGGCGCCAGGAACUGUGGCGGUACUGUGAGACGUCAUCACAUACUAUCAAGGACUGGCUGUUGAGCCCAUUUAACAAGGUGAAUGUUAAGCGUGCUAUUGAAAAAGUGAACGAGUGGAUAUCAGCCGGUAUCUCCCUUAAGGAGCACCUACCUGCUAAUGACGCUGUGCUGACCUCGUGGCUGGGUCAGCUGGAGGAGUUUAUACAAGACCUGCCAUUGCUCCUGAAGCUGUCCAGUGAUGCCCUCAAGCCGCGGCACUGGCGCGCACUCUUCAUCGGCAUUGGUCAAGAGUUUGACUCAACAAUGCAGUUCACCACUGCCACGCUGUUGUCUUUCAAUCUUGGACGAUAUAAGGACCUGAUAGUGACGGUUUGUGCAGCAGCUACAAAGGAGCAUGCAUUGGAACUUCAGCUGCAACAGCUCACCAAGUCAUGGCAUGACAAGGAUUUUAAGCUAGCCAAGCACAUCCCAAUAUUGCGGCCACGCUUUACUAAUGACGCAAGUACACGGACGCCUAGUCAAAAGAAGAACAGGCGAAACAAGCUGCUUGCUAGCGGGAAAUCCCGUGACUCGAAAAUGAAGCCUAAGACUCCUAGUUCCGUGCCUGACCUGUACAUCCUGAUUGGUGUUGGCGAGCUGAAGUGUAUGAUUGAGGAUAACCUCGUGACGCUGAAGCUAAUGCAGGUAUCGCCUUAUGUGGCUGAUCUGAAGCCUACUGUAGAUGCGUGGAUUGCAAGCCUACACACUCUAGAGGACAUACUCGAUAUUUGGGCAGACGCACAAAAGAAGUGGUUAUACCUUAGUAAUGUCUUUUCUGAGCCCAAGAUCCACCAACAGUUGUCACAAUAUCUGGACAAGCUCUCUUUAAUUGACUCCCGCUACAAGGAGUUGAUGCAAAUUGUUCUGAAAGACACGAAAGUUCUUUCCGUACUGAGCAUGAAGAGAGGCGAAAAGGGGUGGAGAGAACUACAAGGCGAACCGCUAAGGAACCUUUUGCUAGAACUUAUUCAAUCGGAGGAGGAGCUCAUCAAACGAGUGCGGGACUACAUCCACCAGACUCGGUUGGCUUUUCCCCGCCUGUUCUUUAUGAGUGAUGAUGCCCUGCUGAGCAUGCUCGCAUGGUCUCGUAACCCUAAGGAUCUCGUGCCAUUUGUCCGGAAGUCCUUCCCUGCCAUCCGAUCCCUGAAGUUUGAGCUACCACAAGACGCGAGUGUUCAGCUUACUUCCGCUUUGGAUGCUGCACUCAAUGCUCAUCUUCUUCAAGUGACUGCCCUUGAGGGUGACUUUGGCGAGGUUGUAACAUUAAAUCAACCCAUCUCAGCGUCACCCCAGCCACAGAAGUGGCUCGCAAUGCUGGAAAAAAACAUGAGGAACACGCUAGUCCAAGAACUAGCAAACUGUGUCCAGGCAAAGAUCACAAGUGACCAAGACGUCUUACAACUUGUUGAUCAGCUAUCAAGUGAUGAGGUCACAAAGCGCUCUGACAGUACCCACCAUCUUCACUGGUUGCUGAGAUUCCCUAGUCAGUGUGUCCUGGUAGCCGAGGCCGUGUUAUGGGCUCGCGAAAUCACCGACACGCUAGUCAGGGGCCGCCUUAAUCGACUUUCUGCUAUCAGAUCUAGGCUUAAUUCACACAUCAGCGAUCUAUCUUGUGCUAUUCGCAAGAUGCUUAAAGUCCACACCGCCCUGAACCCACGCCUUGAGGUCCUUUUAGCUGCUUUGCUCACACAAGCGACAAACCACAGGGAUACUGUUACAGAUCUGAUUAAUGACCGCAUAUCAAGUGUAAACAGCUUUGAGUGGCAAAGCGAGCUUAAGCAGGAAAUGGACAUCGAAUGCGCCAUUACUCCUUCCCUUUUUGGGCUCAGACUUGAAGACAUGGCCCAGACCGUACAAGCAAUGCCAUCCGACAAAACGUACCGCUGUGGCCUGUGCAAAGCGCAACAGCUUGGGAGCUCGUUCUGUUAUGGCUACGAAUACCUUGGACCCUCCUCAAGGCUUUUGGUAACCCCCCUGACUCGCCGGUGCUUUCUAUCGCUCACUACCGCUUUGCGGGCAUUCAAGUGCGGCACUACUCUGGGUCCUGAUGGUACAGGGAAGACGGAGACGAUCAGAGAACUUAGUAAGGCUCUUGGUCGCCAUCAGGUCAUGUUUGACUGCACGGAGGCUCUAGUGAGUAGCAUGCUUGUACGCUUCCUGACUGGAAUGCUGCUGUCUGGUAGCUGGGUGUGCUUCGAAGACAUUGACUUGGUUAGCCCUGGCGUGCUAUCUGUGUUUGCACAGCAUCUGAACAAGAUCCACCAGUCACUUAAAUAUGUGGUUCGUGCUAUAGACAAUCAGUAUGGCAUACGUGGAGUGCCUCAGGUCAGACUGACUAACCCUACUGGCCACAUCAAGGAAAACAAUGUUCCUCGAAGAGCAAGCGUCACAUCUUUGACCCCUUUUUACGAUGAAACAAACGAAUGGAUCAAACUCGAGGACAAGGAAACCGUAGUUCGUCGACGUCGGUUCUCACUCACAGAAGAGUCAGAUAUCCCAGAGUCCAAAUACCACGGUGAAACACGCAGGCCUAUGACUUACUACCUAAGUGGGCAAGAACCAAAGCAAGGCCCUACCUUCACACCUCCCUUUGCUGCGCCUAUACUGGGCAAUGUCGUGUUUUAUGGAGAGUUGGUCUCAGUUAGCAGUCUGUAUGGUUGCUUUCUUACUAUGUCGCCCCAGCACACUAGCCUGACCACCAUCCCAGGCAACAUGAAGAGCCUGAUGCGUCCAGUAGCGAUGAUGUUGCCUGACUCUCUUCCUGUUGUCGAAGUCUGGAUGACUUGCCGUGGGUUCACUGAAGCCAAGUCACUGUCCAUGAAGAUAAACACCUUUUUUAAGAUGAUCAGCGACCAGGUGUCAUGCCAGCCUCAGUACGACUUUGGUCUCCGUGCCGUUCGCCAAGUCAUCCACCUUGCCGCUGUACGGUUGAGGUCAGAGUUACGAAAGACGGCCAUCGCUAUGGAUGCAGUUAAGGAAGAAAGCAAUGAAGGAUCUUACAGCCCGUUUAUGGUCAACUUUGAGCGCAGACAGACGGAAGAGAAUUCUGUAGUUCACGGCCUGUUCAACCACUUCAGCAACCGAUUGUUGACCGCUGACCGGGACGUCUUCUCGCGAACCGUGGACUCGGUAUUUGUUCACAGCGUGCUCAUGUCAGUAGCGAGCGACGGAGAGCCGCUGUUGGCUGACGAGAUCAAAGACUAUUUGCACUCUAAUGGCCUGCAAGUUCGACGGGAAAUCAUCAGCAAGGCUUUACAGCUGCACAAGGUUCUUCAAUCCAACAAGAAUGUAGUCGUGCUAGGAGAUGCGGGGUCAGGGAAAACCACAUUGCUACAUGCGCUCUCUGGAUCAGUCAACAGCCUGCACAACCAACAGUGCGUGCAGACGUCUCGUGGCCGAAGGACUAUUGACAAGCGCUCCAGUGCGCUCUCGCCCCCCUUGGACCCUAAGCAAGAGUCAAACCAGCAAGAUAAGAACAGCUGCGCAUGGCAUCGAUUAGAACUCAAGGUGGUCUUUCCAAAGGCAUUUACACAACAAGAGCUGUUUGGAUAUCGAGAUGAGGAGUCAGGUCUGUGGCAAGACGGACUCAUUUCGCGCUACUUUCGCGACUCCACCCUGACCAGCAACACCAUGACCGAGCUGUUAGCCUCCAACACCGAGGAGACGCAUCGCACCCUCCGGGGAAUGGGUGGGGCAGGCCAUGUGGAGAAGUGGCUUGUUUUUGACGGCGAGAUGGACCAGCUUUGGAUGGAGAAUAUGAGUACAGUGCUAGACAGUACACGUACGCUCUGUCUGGGUAACGGGGAGUCAAUUGCUAUGCCAGCCAACCUAUCCGUGUUGUUCGAGUCGAGCGAUUUAACUCACGCUGCGCCCUCUCUCGUCACGCGCUGUGCUGUAGUACAUUGCCCGGAUUCUAUCGUGGGCUGGAAGUCUGUUUUUCGAACCUGGAUCAAGUCUGCGCAUUCCAAGUGGGACAUCUCAAACCGCGGUUUGGGCAUCAUCUCCUGCCUGAUGGACCACAUGGUCGAUAGUACGCUAUCGUUCCUUAGCACCAAUUGCCGCUCCGUGCUUACCGCCGAUUAUGGGGUAGCAUCCCAGCUGUCCCACCCCUCCUCGGGCAUCCACGAGGUGCAGACACUCAUCCGCUACAUGUCAGCUAUUUUUGAUCGUCACAUUCUGCGGGACGACGAGGACAUACAGGUACAAGCGAUAAGCAAGGGUCGCAUAUCUAAUGCCGGAUCAACAAGUAGUCGGCAAAGUUCUGGGAUUACAGCUAGUGACACUGGCAAAGUUAUCAGCACAUUCGCAUUCGCAUUCAUCUGGGCCUUCGGGGGCCACCUUCAUGAGAGGUACAUCACGUUGUUUGACAGCCAUGCACGUGAGCUACUCUCCUCAGGCCCCUAUCCCGCCAUCGUGCCUUCAGAGGGACUGGUGUACGACUACCACCUGGACUUCUCUAAGGGCUUGCUGGUGCCGUGGGCAGAAAAACCAGGGAGUCAGGUCAAGACUCUAGCUACCUCAUACACCAUCGUACCCGAGCUUGAUCGCUAUCUACACUUGCUCGACCUCAUGAUAUUUGACGGUUACCCUGUGCUGCUAGUUGGGCAGAGUGGGACUGGAAAGUCGGCCCUAAUACAGAACAUGGUAAGCCCGCGGUACCCGUACAGCCGUAUCUUCAUGGCUGCCAGCCUGUCGUCCAGACUCUUCCAAGAAGCGAUCGAGGCGAAGCUGGUGGUCCUGCGACAGCGCGAGAAUGCGCAUCUACACGCGCGACAAGCGGCAUCAGACAGUCCCAGCCGCCACCUGCCCGCAAUAAAGUCCAGGAACCAGCUGUUCUUCCUGGACGACCUCCACUAUGCUACCACAGACCGAACUGGUUCACAACCUCCGCUAGAGCUACUAAGGCAGCUUCUUUCGCAGGGAUCUCUGUAUGAUCAGGAGCGUCACCACUACAAGGCGGUGCAGAACAUACAGUUCAUUGCUACCGCAGCCCCACCCAGCGGCGUCAGCACGGGAGGAGGGAUAGCUAGUCACCCCUUAAGCCCCCGGCUAACCCGGCUCAUGACCGUUGUGUCAUUCCUGCCUUUGGGGCGAGACACGCUGGAGGUCAUCUACAGCAGUGUAUUCCGCGCGUGGUUGGAAGAGUUUCCGGCAUACUCGCUUACACAUCACUCGGCCAUCGCAAAAGUGAUGGCUGGUGCAGCGGUAGAGAUGUUUAGUCGACUGCGGGAUGAAUUCCGUCGCAGCCCUUGUCAUCCUCACUUUGUGUUCACGCAGCACGACCUGACCCGUAUAGCACAAGGCAUGAUGUUGUUCAGCUUGCGUGCACGUGCAAGGCCACGCCCAAAGGCGAGACGACGAGGUGUUGAGCAGCAGCAGCCCACUAGCAUAGAGCUUCCCCCUCCCGUCAGUAAGAGUAGCGGGGUUGUUAGCGAAAGAACGAGGGCCGAGCUGGGGAAGGAGGUCAAGAAGGGAAAAAGUUGGCCUACGCUUCCCACAGCGACCACUGCCAACACUCCGGCGGCCAUCUCACCAUUGAUCCGCUCCAUACUAAGAUUGUGGUGUCACGAGCACACUCGUGUGUACGGGGAUCGGCUCUUAGAUGACUCCCAUCGCUACUGGUUUGCCUCCCUGCUGCACGAGACGGUCCAUGAGUGCUUCUGCUCUGGAAGCGAGGAGGAUACAGAGGUCACAAGUUCCUCUGGCGGGGCCGGGUCUGGAGACAAGACGCCUGACCUUAACCAGAUCAUAGAAGACGUCACACAUGCGGCACUGGGUGUAUCGCCUGGAGUCAGUGCAACCCCGCCACUGGGUGGAUCGCCUGGAGCUAGUGCAACCCCGCCACGGGGUGAAUCGCCUGGAGCCAGUGCAACCCCGCCACGGGGUGGAUCGCCUGGAGUCAGUGCACCCUUUCAACGGGGUGGAUUGCCUGGAGCCAGUGCAACCCCGUCAACUGCAGAGAGGUCGGGCUCCGUAUCAGAAUCACCACUUGAAGCCCCUCCCACAGAGACCUUGAUGAAGGCAAGCAUAACUGAGCUUGGCACGAAGGGCGAAACUCAAGGACGCAGAGAGCAUACACUGCCUUUUAGUCCCGAGGGCUCUACCGAGCCAGUAACGACCUCUGCUCCAAUCACAUUCAAGCAGCGUGAUUCUCUGGUGGAGAACCCGGAGGAGGAUGACACAGGAGAGCGUGGCGGCGAGAGGUGUAAGAAAGGAGAGCGUGACGGAUCAACGUCAUCUGAAGAUCAAUCUGCCGAUGGAGACUAUAAAGACCAUGACAGCCAAAGUUCAUCGUCGGAUGUAGACUUAGCCGCAGUGCUCGAGAGUGAUGAUAUCGGGGAGUCCAGUCACCCUUUACGUACAAAGGUUACCUUCGAUGAUAUGAAGCAGACGGAUGACAAGGAGUACACCGGUCCUCUUAUUGCUCCUGAGCAGCUGGCUUUUCCCGGCGAAGACCUGACCGACAUCAUAUUCUGCAAACACUUCAGUGCGUCGUCUUUUGGCGGUGCUGGUGAAAGUAGAGGCUACCUUGAGUGUUCGUACAGCGUUCUAGAGCAAGGGAUUAAACGUUGUCUUGAGGCGUACAAUGCACAGGCGUCCGAAAGAUCAUCCUUCAAGAUCGUCAACAUGGUAACAUUCAGAGACGCCCUCCACCACGCUGCUAGAAUAAGUAGGGCUUUGGUCAUUCCUGGAGGUCAUGCUUUGCUGCUUUCUCGACUUGGAUACGGCAGAAGGACGCUGACACGCCUGGCAUGUUACGCUGCUGGGUAUAAGUUGAUGGAGGCACAAGCGACGCAUUUCCAGUCACGUGAACAGCUACGCCAACAGAUCAAAACCGCUAGCUACGUGGCGGGCAUUCAGGGGAAGCCAGUUGUGCUAUUUAUUCCCGAGGGGGUGGAGGACAGUUCACUUGAGGAUGUCAACACGCUGAUGGCUGAAGGUACUUGUCCCGGUUUGUACACCCCAACGGAAAUAGCGAUCAUUUCUACCCAUCUUCUUCCUGGAGGGCAGCUCGGGGCCCGCCGCACUGAGCACCAGAACAUUGCCCAGGAGAGGUACUUCCGUCGCGUCAAGUCCAACUUACAUAUCGUCGUCUCGAUCAAGUUCACACCUCUAACCAUCCCGCGUGCAGAGAUGCCUAAAAAUGCCGGACCAGGAUACUGGAGGACGUUUGAGGGCGGUCCCUCGUGUUCUGCAUUGUACAGGUUUCCAAACUUGCUGACACGCUCUUGUUGCGUGGAUGUCUAUUUACCAUGGCCGCACGAGGCACUUGUCAGUAUUGCCGAGAAGUUGAUAGAUGAGAACGAUCCUGCCUUUGCGCAGGUCCCAUGGAAAAAACGCGACCGCAGUCCACAGGUAGCAGCUAUAUGCUCAAUUAUGGCGCACGUGCACUUGUCAUCCCGCUCGAUGGUCGAGCGACUGUACGGAAUCCGCGGCUUAAAGCUGUAUUCGCCCAAUACCUUCCUCGACUUUGCUGACUUGUUCAAGAAACUUUGUGACCGUAUUUGUACCACCGAGAAGACCAAGACGGGCCGACUGCAGAGCGGUUUAAAACGCAUAGACGAAGCGUCGCGCAGCCUAGACAAGAUGCAGCAAGAACUCGACCAGUUGGCGCCGGUAUACGACGAGGCACAGGCCGGUGUGAAAGCUUGCCAACAGAGUGUGGAAAACAGUCAAAAGGAGUACCAGGACCAGCGGGAAGCCUGCAAACACCAGGAACAGGAGAUCGAGGCUAUGCAGGGCCCCAUCGAGGUGCUAAAGAGGGAGGCCAAUGAAGAAUUUGGCAAGGUCAGCCCGUUGUUUGAGGCAGCGUGGAAGGCCAUUAACGCCCUUGACGUCCGUGACAUUGAGGAGAUUCGUAGCUACCGCCUGCCGCCAUCACUCGUGGAACUUGUAGUCAACUCUGUCUGUCUCCUCUUCAACGAACCGCAGACAUGGGAACAAGGAAAGCUACUUCUCAACCGCGAAAACUUCUUCAAAGAUCUCGAAUUCUAUGACAUCAAGAACAUGCCAGACUCGAUCUUCCUCAAGCUCGAGACCUUCUACAAGAACCCUGUUUUUCGACCAGAAAUCGUCAGAGCAGGUAGUGUAGCCGCGGGUUCCCUGUGCAUGUGGGUCCGAGCCGUAUACGACUAUUGCGUGGUGUACCGUGCCCUGGCUCCAAAACAGCGCCAGUUGAAGAGCGCCGAGGCCGAACUUGAGAAGGCCAAGUCUAUACUUGGGGAGAUGCGUGUACGAGGUAACGCCAUCAAACAGGAGUUGGAGGAGAAGAUUCAGUCUUACAAAGACAGUGUCAAACAUGCUAAGGCUAUCGACAAACAGAUACAGGGUAUCAACAGCCGAAAACAGCGCGGGACCAAGUUGGUAGACAGCAUGUCCGAGUACUUCUCUUCAUGGAAGCAAAAUCUCAAGACCAGUAAACAGAACCUUGUAACAGCGCCCGGUGAUGCGCUUAUGGCAGCAGCUGCUGUCUGCUACUUUGGCCCGCUUAUUCGCACAGCUCGUGAUGAACUCUUUAGGGAUUGGCUAAGAGUCUGUGACGGAGUGGCCCGUCAGCCAUCCGGACAUGCUCGGAGCCUUGCGUCGGUUACGCUAUGGGAAGAAUAUAAGAAGAAAGAACAGGAGUGCCGUACACCCACACCGCAAAGUGCUGCUCAUUCGCUGUUCGUCAGUAACACGGUCCCGGUGCAAGAGGGCGUGUCUCUGCACGUGCUGCUCUCCACAUGUGACGAGCUUGGCGACUGGGAGCGCCGCGAUCUACCCAAAGACGAGUAUGCGGUUCAAAACGCUUUGAUCAUGCGUACUUGUGGCAAUGACCGCAAGCAUUGUUGGCCUCUUCUGAUCGAUCCGCAUGGCCAGGCUGUGGACUGGAUCCAAGCGUUACACAAGGCAGAUUCCUCUGAAAUCAGUAGCCCUAGCCAAGCUCAGCUCUUUGAUAUCCGAAAUGCCUCGCGUGGUUCCGAUUUGCAAAACGCGUCAUGCGUGUCGUUUGCGCGAUCCACCUCACAGAUGUCUCAGCAGAGUGUUACAAGUAGCACGUCUUCUUUUGUUGACCAAGAUGACCAAGUAGAGACCUCUGUUGAUGAGAGCCAGGACCUCAUGCUGGAUUCAUUCAGAGACGGAGAUGAAGAGACACAUGGAGACACAGACUCCACCAUGACUGGUCGGACAGACCACACAGGAGGCAGUGCAUUCACCUCUAUGACGGAGCGCGCCUUCAGAGAGAAGCUAGCGCAGGAAAUGGGCAUCCAGAUCGAGUCCCCGGACCGUUCCUCAACAUUCGCACCAACACCAUGUCUAGAGAUUAGCGAGGGACAAGUUCUAAGAGUAUCGGCUGAUGACCCUCAGAUUGUGAGUAAGCUUCGGGCCGCAGUGCAGGCCGGGAUAGUAACGCACGUUUCCCACAUGGAGAGGUGUCGCUGGAACAAGAGCUUGGAGUUGCUGCUGGCGCGGCAGACUUUCACGUCGAAUAAUGGUACUACUCAGGUGGUCCUCGGAAAAACAGCCAUUAACGUGCACCCGAGCUUCCGUCUGUACCUCAGCGCCUCUGUACCGUUAUUCAUGCCAGGCACUGGACUCGUGCCGCUUCCUUUUGCUAAGGUGUGUGUGAUUGACAUGUCGCUAAGUCAGGAGGGACUUGUGCAGCGACUGCUGACCGAGACGCUAAGAAUUGAGCGGCCAGAGUUUGACGGGCAACAGCGCUCGCUGGAUCGGGACUGCAGUUUACACGAGCAGCAGAUCGCUAGUGCCAAGGAAUGUGUUCUUGAGAAAGUCAUCGGAAUGGACCUACCGCUGCUGAAGGAUUCAGGAAUGCUCGGAGUCGUAGAGAAGAGCGAAGAGCUCAUCCGCACUGCUGACGAACGGCACCACGAAUCUGAGGCCAUGCGCACAUUGCUGCACAAAAAGCGAGACGAAUUCCUGCCAGUUGCCCGACAUGGCGCCCUACUCUACACCGUCAUCUCCCGCAUGCAUCGCGUCCGUCCGACUUUGUACUACUUUGCGCUUGACUCGUACAUCCGGCUCUUCCAAAAGACCAUCACUGACAGGCGGCGCAGCAAAAAGAACAUGGGCUCUGCUGCCGCCCGCGCCGCCGAACUCAUGUCAGCGCUUACUCGCGUCUUGCAUGCGCGCAUCUCAUGGAGCUUAUUCAAAGGUGAUAAUCAAGUAUUCUCGUUCCUGUUGGCGGUAGAGACGUUGUUGUCAAGGAAUCAGCUUGACAUACUAGAGUGGCUGCUGUUCUUGGAGUACUAUCCACCUGUGUACCAGGGACUUGUCCAUCCACUCAGUGAUAGCAACAAGCCCGACUGGGUUACCGAUAAGGCAUGGCAGGCCGCUGACCAGCUUGAGGUCCUACCAGCACUGUCUGGUCUAAAGCAGUCGAUCGCUAAACUCUCGCAAGAAUGGAACGAGUACUUCACGCUGCCCCCUGUGUUGUUGUCGAACACUCCUGGAGAAUUCGCACAGCUGUCCAUGUUCCAGAAGGUGCUGCUUUGGAAGGUUUUCCGCGAGGACCAGCUGUAUCAAGUGUGUCAAGAGCUCAUCCUGUAUGUGGUUGGUGCCGCCAUCGUUCAACCUGCCGACUACGACCUUCGUGAAGUGCUCCAGCUCACACACAAUACUUCUCCUGUAGUGCUGGCAAUGCCGCCCCUCGCGGAUGGGACCGAUGUUGCCGUCACAGAUGUUAGGGACCCAUGCAGUGAGGUCCGUGUGUUGGCCAGGGAGUACGGCAAAGAGAACACCACCAUCACAGUGUGUCUGGGCGAGAGAUCCCAGAUGCCUGUGGCUAUUUCCGCACUGCGCCGCGGUAUGGACGAAGGAAACUGGGUGAUACUUCAGAAUGCACACCUUGCCGACCACUGGCCUUACGGACUUGUCCACGCCUUACUGCAACUAACGAAUGCUGAGCGAGUGGAGGAGCUCGAAGGAGAACUUGACUCUAACUCUGAUAAAGGCAGGACUUCCAGAUUCAGCACUGCACCCCCUCCCCCCGAGGUUCAUCCUGACUUUCGUCUGUGGAUAAUAACGCGACCAGGAGAGGGCGCACCACUGCCUGCUCUUGUAAUACACCGUGGGCUCAAGCUUGCUUGCGAGCGGAAGUGUAAUGUCCGUGAACGCAUGCAAAGUGCUUGUAGAGAUGUUGCGGAAGAGUUGGUUAGUUGGUCUCCCACAUGGAAAAAGCAAGAUGGCAUGAUCAAGAGCAACGUGCCACUCCCAGCAAUCUACUCGCUCGCUCUGUUGCACUCAUUCCUUCUGUCUCGCCGCAGUCAUGGAGUUGCUGCCUUUAAACAACACUAUCCUUGGACUAUAGCAGACCUACGGGCUGGGGUGGACAUGUUGCGGUACUUGUCGUUCGCAUGCCUCAUAAAUGAUCACGAGCUGACCUCGAAAGCGCUAGAGCAGGGUCUCGCCGCGGUGGCGUAUGCUGGUCACGUGACUGACAGGCUUGAUUUUGAGGCCGUAAUGUCAGUCGCUCAGAAAGUUUGUUCUCCGGGGUUUAUACAGACGCUGACAGGAUCAUCCCACAUGGAAGGACAGACAGUGGAAGAGUACUUGCAGGAAAUUCCAGAGCAUCUGACGGUGCAGCAGCUGGGCCUAACUGACCUUUCGUACACACAGCGUCUCCAUAGCGAUAGCGGGGCGUUUAUCCGGACUCUUCAAAGAAAUACCCAGCCUGCUACUGCUCCUUCUUUAAAUCUUGAGAAGGACAUGAUUCUUCUGCGCGAGGCCCACUCUCUGCUCGCCGACUCUUUGGCUCCUGGUAUGAUCACAAAUCCACCUGAGACCACUUCAGGCCAAAGCACCUUGGCGUUCUUCUUGACCCAAGAACUUGAGUAUUUCACCUCGGCGUUGAGCGAGUUCCUGGAAGAGCUGGAUCUUGUGAUAAGCGCAUUCGAAGGUCGCGUCGCCUUGACUCCAUCCCUGUACAGCCUCGCCACAUUCCUCCUCAACCGGCUCGUUCCGCCCAUCUGGCGUAGCCGUAUUCCAGGGGGGUGCCUGCUAGCUCCAUGGCUGCUUUCUUUGCACUCCCGAGUCCAGACUUUGGUGUCUUAUGUUACUGGGGCACCCCCCUGUGUGUAUAACGUGGCGGUGUUCGCGCAUGCGCAGGCCUUCCUGUCCUGUGUUCUGAUGGAUCACGCCGCAGGGACCUCCCAACAGCCGCAGGGACUUGCGUAUGAGCUUGAGGUAAUGGCGGAAGACUUCAUGCCGACCUCCCCGCCUCAAGAAGGGUCAGGAAUCUUCAUCCGCGGACUGGCCUUGCAGCAUGCGCACUGGGACGCGGGGCAGAACUCGCUAUCAGCAGCACCUGGUGACCCGCUCACCUGCUUGCUACCAGUAUCUCUCCUGAAACUCGUAGAGACUACCGAGCGCACGCGACCCGACUUCUAUGAUUGCCCCGUCCUUUUUAGCGUCCAGGAAGCAGAGCCUGGUCUCCAUUCGUCAAUCUUGGUAUCCAAGCUGUACCUUAGAUCUUUAGUGGACCCGGUCGUGUUGAGACAGAGAAGGGUUGCACUAGUGCUUUCGCUCUCGACUUGAGUUACCCUCAGUCUCGCACUGUUUCUAGUAAAAUUGUGUUUUAUAAGUGUGCUUUUGUAUAUAGUUGACCAUUUCAGGUCCAUUUGUCUGCACGCGUAUGACGCGUGGUACAGAUGACUUUGUGUUGCGAAAGUGACAUCUGUACAUUUGAAUAAACUAUAUUUCCAUAUAA